UCUGUUUAGCCACGCCCCUAAUGUUAUUGCAUCUCAAGAUCGAGACGAUUUUAGGACACGCCCCAUAACAUCGGAAAGACCGCACAUAAACUAAUUACUGUAAUAAUCAUUCCAAUUAAAUGGGGACGAGUUCUAUCCGCGCCGGAAAUUGCUGACAGGAAGUACGGAUCUUGGAGGUGCUGCUGUCAGACGCUGAGAGGAGAAAUAUGGCUGCUCCCGGGAAAGAGAAGAAACUUUUGCAGCAGGAAGAGCUCAGGCAGAUGAUGAGAGCUAAGCAGCGUGAGACUGGAGCCAGGAAAAGGAUCGCUUCUCCGCUUGCUAAAUACAAUAAUCUUGGACAUUUAUCUUGCAUUGUGUGUAGUGUACAGAUUAAAAGUGAAUUGUUGUGGCAAGCACAUGUCCUUGGGAAACAACAUAAAGAGAAAGUUGCAAAUCUAAAAGGCACAAAGGUGAACACAAGUAAUCCCUCCAUUUCUGCACAACUGUCUCAAGCUACCAAAAGGAAAAGUGGAAAUUUAGAGACUAAAGAUUGUAAGAGGACCAAAGAGUUAGAAGAACAGUCUUCAUCUUCAUCAACAACAUCCACGCUUCCUGCUGGUUUUUUUGAAAACACUGCCCAGCCAUCUCUUAAACAGAGUACGGAGAAUUAUCAGUGCCUUCACUUGUUGUCAGGGUUGGAUGAUGAUGGUGAUAAAGAUGACAAAAUGGUGUCAGCGGACCUUUCUACUUCCACACUGAAAUCCACAGAGAUACCACUGCCUCCACCUUCAGCAUGUGAAAGCAGUCUCCCAGCAGAUUUCUGUGACCGUAAAACAUCUGCUGUUUCUCAUUCUGGGUCUAUUUUAAAGGCAGAUAUACAAGAAAAAGCAGUGGGAAAAAAAGAGAAUACAGCAGAAGCCUUACCUGAAGGAUUCUUUGAUGACCCAGAAGUUGAUGCAAAGGUGAGGAAAGUUGAUGCUCCUAAAGAUCAGCUGGAUAAGGAGUGGGAGGAGUUUCAGAAAGAAAUGCGUCAAGCUAAUACUGUUUCUGAAGCGAUAGUUGCUGAAGAGGAUGAGGAAGGUCGUUUGGAUCGUCAGAUUGAUGAGAUCGAUGAGCAAAUUGAAUGUUAUCGUCGAAUUGAGCACUUGAGGAACCGCAAGAAUGUGUUACGUGAUACAUUGAUAGAAGCAAUGAGAUCCAAAAGCGAAGAGGAGGAAGAUAUUGCUGAUAAAGAUUAUGGGGAAAUGUUCCCAAUGCUUUCACAGAACUGGCGUGAAAAAGGAGCUUUUCUUUAACCUACCUGUUUGUUGUAUAAUUGUGAAAACUAUAUAUAUUUAAAAUAAAUUUGUAAUUGUUGAA